UUGGUUUCGAAAAGGAUAAAUUUAAUCUGUUUCCUUUUGGUUUUCAGGCAAAAAUGGAUGAUGAAAUUGACAUUGAAGAACACGAUGUACUGGACAAUCCUGUAAUAAAAAGUAUAUUUCCUGACUUGACGAAACUAAAACAAGAAGUUUUGGGUGACUACGAUGAAACGUCAAUUGAAGAACAAAAUGCUUCAAAAGAUUAUAUUGAUCCCAAAUUGGAAGAUUUAAGCGAUAAUACUUCUAUGCCAUUGGAAGAAAAUAUUGAUGAAGACUUUAAUGUAUGUAAUAGACCUGCAGCAUUUAUAGGAAACAAAAUAAUAUUGGGAUCAAAACCAAAUAAAGACAGAUCUAAUUUAUCUAAAAGAAAUGUAUCAAACAAUACUGUAAGUUUACAAAAUACAACAGUGCUAUUGAAAAAUAUAAAACCUUUCUUGAACAACUGUAGAAGGUACUGUGAAUUAUGUUUAAUUCUCUUUCCUACAGAAGAAGCUUAUAAAAUUCAUGAAAAUUCCUAUCAUUUGCAUCCAAUCACAAACACAUCGGAAAUUUAUUCAGAAAUUAUAAAAACACAACCUAACAAUGUUUCAGUUAAUACAUGUUACAUAUGUAAUAACACAUUUACAAGCAUUUCCAACUUAAAUGAACAUGUAAGAAAUAAUCAUUCCUCAAAAAGAAUCCAAAAUGUAAAUGGUAAAAUUUCGCCAAAGCCGGCUGGGUCUUGCUUUCAUUGCAAUGUAAUAUUUCCAAACGCACAAUCUCUUAUUGAGCAUUUAUAUGAUACACUCGGAACCAAGAAAACUAAUGAAAUUAGAAAUAAAAAUGCCUUAAAUAACCGAAGUAUAUUCAAAGAUGUUGAACAUUCAAUCUCAGAAAAAAAAGAAAUGUUGCAAAAACAAAAUAGUAAAAAUUUUGGAAAAGUAAUCAAUGAAAAUGAUGUUAUAAAUUCAAAAGAAUCAGAAACAUUUGUUUACAGGUGCAGAGUAUGUUCUUACUGUUUUGUAAAUGUCAAGAUAUUUGCUAGGCAUAUGCUUACAAAACAUAACAUUAAAGACCCAGCUACACCUAAAAAAAUAUUAUAUGAUAAAAAGUGCAAGUUUUGCUCAUCUGUAUUUCCAAAGGUUGUAAGGUGUAAUGAACAUAUUCGAAAAAUUCAUAAAAAUAUGUUAGUGUCCAAGACCUCGGUAAAAAUAAUUAAACCACCAAGCCUUCCAAAACAUAGUAAAAAGUCAGAGAAAGAUGUAUCUGUUAAUACAAACCUAAUUAACAAAGUAAAUUAUGAAGGUACCCCUGUCAUUUUAUACACUAAAGACAACCAAGAAAUAGAAGACAAUAAAAAUGUUGAUAAAAUGAUCAGUGAAAGUGAUGCUUUAUGUUCCAAAGAAUCAGCAUCUUUUGUAUACAGGUGCAAUAUGUGUUCUUACUGGUUUAAAAAUGUAAUUUUUUUUAAAAGGCAUAUGCUUAAAAAACAUAAAAUUAAAGACCCCGCUUCACCUAAAAAAAUGUCAUAUGACCCCAAGUGCAGGUUUUGCUCAUCUGAAUAUUCAAAUGUGUUAAGGUAUAAUGAACAUAUUCGAAAAAUUCAUAAAAAAAUGUUAUUGUGCAAAAUUCCUAAAAAUAUAAAACCAUCUAGCCUUCCAAAGAUUGAUAAAAAUUCUGACAUUGAAGCAUCUGUUGAAAUAAACUCAUUUAACAAAAUAAAUGAUAAAGACACCUUACCCAUUUUAGAAACCAAAGAGAACCAUGUUGAAUAUAUUUUGAAGUCUGCCUUGUUCAGGUGUAAUAAAUGUGAUAUACAUUUUUUAAAUUCUCAAGUUGCCAUAGAUCAUGUCAGUCACAUGGAAAUGUUGAUUAAUUGGAAAUGCUCCAUAUGUAAACGUAUUUUCAAGAAAAGUCAUGAAAACGAUCACAUGGCGCAACAUUCAGUUACAAAUGAUUUUACAGUUUAUGGUAUUUCUGAAUCUACACCAUCUUUAAUCUUAUACAAUUGUCCAAAAUGUAGUGUACACUUUGAUGAAAAUAAAUAUUUGCAACACUUUCCAGUGUGUGAGACGGUUUCUUUUUUUCAUGUAAAAUGUAAGUUUUGUGGUAUUCUGAUAGACAGUAGUCUCGAAUGUUUACAUAACAGUCACCAUGGAAGGGGAAAUAUUCUAUCAUCUGGUUUCAUUACUGUGAAAACGGAUCUCAUACAGAAAAAUACCUUGAACCAGGAUUCAUUUGUAGAUACAUUGAAAUCUAAUGAAAUUAGAAAUAAAGAUGCCCUAUGCCAAAGUGUAUUUAAAGAUGUUGAACAAUUUGUCUUGGAAAAAAAUGAAAAUUUGCAAAAAAAAGACAUACAGGAUUCGAAUAAAAUUAACAAUAUAGAUAUAAUAGUAAACAAGAAAGAAUUAAGAAUUAGAAAUGUAAGUGAUGACACAUCAAUAGAGGAAAAUAAAUUUUUUAAAGUAUACUAUUGUAAAACUUGUAAAUGUUUUGUUAAUGAACACACUAUUAUAAAACAUAAAAGCUCAAAAUGUAGAGAUAACGAUGAGCCAAUAGUAUGUAUAUUGUGUGGCUUGAUAUAUCCUCGAAAAAAUACAUCUUCGCACGCAAGACUACAUACCAAGAAAAUAGAUUUAACACUCCAAGAUUUCGAAUUUUAUGAUUUGCAAAGUAAACGGUUAAUAAAUCCCCCAUUACCUGAAUUUCCACAAUGCAGUGGUUGUGAAAUAUAUUUUCCUCGAAGGAAUUGUGUAAUACGACAUUGUUGUGGUGCUGAAGAAUUCACUACAUGUUCUACAUGUAAAUUGAAGUUUUCUGAAUUAGGAUAUAAAUUACAUAUGAAUUACCAUGAUUUAACCUCCAGCCAUUGCAAAUCAGUGACCAAUACAACUGAGAUAUCGAAUAAAUUAAUAACAAAUUCCGAACCAAACGAUAAUUUAAUGAUAUAUUCAUGUAAACAGUGCCAUAUGUCUUUAAGCAAUUAUGAUUUAGUCAUAGAACAUUGUCAAGAGCACCUAAAUUCCGAUAAAAUAAAGGCACCAGAAUACAUGUGUAAAAUCUGUAAUCUAGUUUUGGAUGCAAAAUCAUACAAGAAUCAUGAAGAAAUUCAUUUAAAAAACUUCGAUAAGAACAAAUUAAAAAUUAUCUCCUUUGAUACACAUGGUUUUAGGUCGGAUUACAAAGCAUGGAUUAAAAAAACGUUCAAUUCCUUUCCUGAAGCGCAAAUGCAAAAUAUUGUAGAAAAGUCGAUGUACAAAGAUGAGAAUAAAAUUAAAAUGCAAAUUAUUCAAGAAGGAUCUUGUGAUGUAACAUUAUAUAAAUGCGACAUUUGUAAUUGCUUUAUUGAUCCACAGACUCUGAUCAAACAUAUUGGAACUGAUUGUCGUACAAUUCGGAACCACACUUGUAAAAUAUGUUCCAUACCUUUUGUUUCACGAGCAUUUAAGUCAAAGCACGAAGAAAUUCAUAAACGACCGUUUAAAGGGUUAAAAUUAUAUAGGAUCAUACUGUUUAAUAAAAAAGAGGACGAAAAUUUAAGCAGUGCCCUUUAUACAGAAAAUUGUUUUACUUUAUACAAAUGUGCAAAAUGUAAUGGUAUUGUUAACAAACAUGAACAAGACGAUCAUUUAUGUGAUAAGAAAGAUUUAAAAGUAUGUAUCCAAUGCGGACUUUUAAUAUAUUCUAAAGAUUUUAAUUCACAUUUAGGUAAACAUAAACAGAUGGAUACAUUUGUUGCCAAAAAUAUGAAAGUUAUAGUUUUUGGCCAAGGUAAUGAAAAUGAUGAUAGCAAACCACUCUCCAACAAAGAUUGUCCGUCUAAAAGAAAAAAAUAUGAUUAUGAAAUUUAUAAAUGUAAAAAGUGCCAAAUAUGCAUAAGAGAUGAACAAAGUUCUCGUAAACAUGUUUGUUCCUCGGGUAUUUCAAAGUCGAAAUGUUCCAUCUGCGGACUUUAUUGGGAAAAAAAUAAAUUAAAAAACCAUUACGCACUUCACAAUUCCGAUAGCAACUUCGUAAUUGAUAAUAUUACUUUGAUAGACAUCGACAAUACAAAGACCGUAAAUACAGUCUGUAAUGUUGCUACAACCUCUAUGAAAAACAAUGUAAUAGAAACCAAUAAAACUACUACAAAGGUUCUACAAAAUACAAAUACAGUGCAGAAAAAAAUAGUAACUACGAAACUAUAUAGAUGUGUUUGUGGGAUCCAUUUUCUGGAUCUUAGUUCUACUUCGACGCAUCAAAGUACGUGGUGCGGUUUAAAACAUAAAAUUAAUGUUCGGCAAGAGUGUUCGAAAUGCGGCCUUUUAUUCAAUCCAAAUGUAUUAUUUAAACAUUUAGUGAAACAUCAUGGUAACCAAGACAUUACUUAUAAAUUUGAUAUAAUUGAUGUAAUAAAAAAGAAUCGAAAAUAAUCUUGAACCUAAUGAGUACCGAUUGCACAAUAAUGCAAGGUUUGAUAUCUUAAUAGGCUCGCUAUCUGUCUCAUUUGUGACCUAGCAAGCUCAGGUCAAAGCAAGGAUUGUCUUCAUUGUUAUCAUUAGUAAAUAAUUAACAGGCUAUUGUUAUCUUCGUGUUACAACUAAAAUUCGGCAAGUUUUUAUGAGUUUUGGAAGUGCAUUGAUUUAUGUAGGUUUUUAUUUAGAUUUAGUUAACCAAAUAUCUAUUUUAUUCCAACUGUAAUACAGUUAAUAGGAAUUAAUACAAGGCAUUACUAUUUAUUUACUAGUUUAUCUCUUUUUUCUAAAAAUGCUUUUAAUUGUAUGUUUGCCUUGAAUUUCUCGUAUAACUAUACAGUUAAAUAUGUCUUUAGUUAAUAAGAUUCUUUGUUAUUGAU